CAUUUGACCGCUGUGUUGAUAAAACCAAAGCAAAGUCAUGUGUCGGUGACAGAAGAUCAUGCCGAUUUCCUUCGAAAGACGUGAUGUGAUGAAGGUGUUGAAAACAUAAACCAAAGCAAAGCGUAUUGUUAGGGUUGUCUACUUUGCCUAAACCCGAGAAAACUGAACCAAAUGGCAUCAGGGACGGAUUCAAGGACGGAUUCACGGAAGGAUCCAAAGUUGGCUUUAACCUAAUUGCCCAAAGGAGUAAAAGAGCUGUGCGAUAGUUAUAAAAAAUUGAAAGAGUCUCUAAAUAAUCUUGAGAAGAUGGUUGUCAAAAAACAAGACGGAGCCAUAGAUCAGGCAAUAAUGGUAACCCGGCUGGAGAUGGAGACAAGUGCUAAUCUGAAGUUUUAUUUAUCAACUUUUAAGAAAAUGACUACCGAGACAGAGUUUACAAAUCUAGCCAUGAAUGGGAGAGGAGCGAUGAAUGAUCUGAAAAAAGUACUGAGCAAGGGCGAGGUGUCGAAAGAUUCUGAAAGCGAGGCAGAAGGCUAUCAAGACAAUGAGGGCGAAGAUGAGAACCACAGCUUCGACGAAUUUAUGGAGUCUAUCGUGGAAAAAACACCUGAAAUUGCAAAAUGCUUUUUUUGGAUUUUUCAAGGUUACAUCAAGGAGCAACUUAGAAAAGCUUUUGAAAGUAAGGACUAUACUAAACCAAAAGAAUUAAAAGAAAAGGUUAGGGAAGUCAGAGAAAAAAUGCGAGCGCUUUAUUUAGCCGAAGAAAAGAAUCGUUCAAUUCUUGAUACUUUAGUCACCACAGAAUAUCAGCCCACCGAAAUCGACAAAAAAAAUCUUAAGGAUUCUUUUAAGAAUUCAGAAGGUGAAUUCUCUCUGACUGCGACCCCUGUGCAAGACAAAUCGUAAGUCACUGGCAGUAAACUUAACAGACGGAAGAGUUCUCAACCACUGCAACUCAAAACUCUUAAAACGCUGCGGCCGCCGAAGAAAAAUCUGUAACAAUUACUCAGUGGAAAGUUCCACAGUAAUACUUGAGAUAUCAGUAAAAACAUAAUCAAUAAGUACCUAAAAACUUCACAAAUCCUUCAUUGUAUUGUAGCAAUAAGGGGUGUUUAUACAGCACGGAGUAAAGCAGUUGGCGAGUGUGUAGAGGUUCUUGUAAAUAUGGAACUCAAGCUUAUUAUUGUUUGCAAAUUAGUCAUUAUAUUAUUCCACGCGAGCAGUAGCAACAGUUUGUGCCGUUUGUUGAGGCCUUCUAAGAGGUAUUGGGGACAAGCGACAUUGCUAAAAAAAUGUGGUGACAAUCUUGUUCCGAUGAAACGAUGAACCAACCGCCGAAAAAAACUGACAGAAAAGGUGCGACUUUUAGCAACAGCGACAUUUUUAAAAAUGUAGCGACAAUCUUGUUCCGCUGAACCGACAGCCGGAAAAUACUGACGGAAAAGGAGCAACAUUUUGCGACAACAACAAUACAUUUUUAAUUUCGACGAAGCGUCAAUUCUUUCGCUUUGAUUUUUCUGACUGAGGCAUCGCAGGCGGUGUGCGCACUCCGAUUGCGUUGCAUUGUGGUAACUCAAUUUCCAAUAUGGCGAUGAAAGCGUUAGAAAUCGGCACAUUUUGACUGAACAUUCCGUAGAAGUUAGGCCGUUCCUUCUUCCUUUCACCGUUGGUAAAUAUAAUUUUAUUUAUCGUGAAUGUAUAAAAGUAUUUUUUGUA